AUGGCGUCCAGGGAGCCAGUGGCCACAGCCUGCGCUGAGGCCGGAAGUCAUGCUGUGCUCAUGCCUAUGGGGGCUCUGCCACCCCCUCCCCCAACGGCGGGCCGUGAGGGCGCUGUCGGGUCCACCCCCUGGGCGUGCGGCGGCGGCGGCGGCGGCGGCGGCGGCGGCGUGAGUCAGGCCUGGCGCCAGGCGGGCAGCGCGGGCCGCGCGGGCAGCAGGACAGCGCCAGCCCCGCGCCCGGCACCCAGGCUGUGCGGCUGGACGCGGAGCGGCGGGCGCGGGGUCGGGCCGCACGCGCGGAGUCGCCAGCAGGCCCGGGGCGCCGGCCAGAGCCCGGCCGCGCCGGGAGCCCCGAGCAGCACCACGGACGGCGCCCAGGAAGCGCGCGCGCCCCUGGACGGGGCCUUCUGGCUCCCGCGGGCCCCCGCGGGCGCGCCGCAGGGCUGCUUCGCCUGCGUGUCCAAGCCCCCCGCGCUGCAGGCGCCCGCGGAGCCCGCCGCCUCCCCGCCCAUGGCGCCCACGCUCUUCCCCAUGGAGUCCAAGAGCAGCCGCACGGACAGCGCGCGCGCCGGGCCCCCGCCGGCCUGCAAGCACCUGGCCGAGAAGAAGACCAUGACCAACCCCACGACGGUCAUCGAGGUGUACCCCGACACCUCCGAGGUCAACGACUACUACCUGUGGUCCAUCUUCAACUUCGUCUACCUCAACUUCUGCUGCCUGGGCUUCAUCGCCCUGGCCUACUCGCUCAAGGUCCGUGACAAGAAGCUCCUGAACGACCUGAACGGGGCGGUGGAGGACGCCAAGACCGCGCGGCUGUUCAACAUCACCAGCUCGGCGCUGGCGGCCUCCUGCAUCCUCAUCGUCCUCAUCCUCCUGCGGUACCCGCUGUCCGACUACUGAGCCCCCCCCCCACCCGGCAGACCUGUGAACUCAAUAAAACAUGUGCCAGCUC